AUGAGAAAGCAGGUUAUUGGAAUUAAUAAUAUCUUCCAUUUAGCAAGGAUACGAAGUAUACCUGUACAUUGUCAUUGUAAAGGUCCAUUAUAUUCUUAUCCAGUUGUCUCCAAAACCUUGUUUCACACAAAAAAUGUCGAGGUGUCGAAGUAUUCACAUGUGGAGCUCAGAUCACUGAAUGAACAAAUACACUCUCAACUUACAUCAUUAACUGAUUUGAAUAAACGGCAACUGCUCCUUGUUGAAACACUCAGCCGAAAUAAUAACUUAGAAAAGCUCUUAGAUUACUACGAAAUUGACGAAGGAUCAGUUGAAGAUGCUAUACAGCUUUUGCAGGAUAGUAAUGUCAGCAUCCAGGAAUUUUCAUCAAUGAUUCAACCGGUACUUAAUAGGACAAACCUAGUUGGUAAAUACCAUAUGGGAUACUUAUCGAAACUAAUGCAAAUUUAUAUCUCACUGACAAGAACUCAUAAUGGUGGGAGUGUUGACGCUCUUAAUAAAGAUGAUAUGAACAAGUUCAUAAAGCGCUUUAUUGAAGGAAGUCAAUUAAAGAGAGCUCAGACGGCUCUGCAGUUUUUACUUGAUGGCUACAAGGAAAGAGGAGAAGAUUUGUUGGGACCUUAUGGUGAUAAACAAACAAUAGCACAUUUCCUAAUGCUAAGAUCCGGUGCUUUGCAGGACCUUUGGAAAAUUGAUGUGUCAAAUGGUAACAAUAAAAAGCAGGCAUUUUACAAAAUAAAUGGCAGUCACAGAAAUGUUAAAUCAACAUAUAAUGUUCUAGAUAGUGUGAAGCUUUUUGAAAUAGUUCGUUAUAUCUUACGCUACAAUGAUAAAGACAAUCAUUCACAACCUGUUUAUUUUGAUGAAGGUAUACUAAAGAAUGUCAUACUUUGUUUAGGCUAUGUUGGGCAGACAACAUUGAUUGAGGACAUUAUCAACAAGAUAUGGGAGUUAGACUCUGUCUCAGUACCGCCCAAAUAUAAUAUAACAGUUACAAGUGAUCUCUUAACUGCCAUUGUAUCGGCUUACUCUAAAUGUGGUAAAAGUAUUCAGCCAGGUUUGGUAAUUGCUGAUAAAUUUUUCGGUAAAAUUCCAAACAUAAUUGUGAAGGAUGAUUUCUGGAUAAACCUUCAAAAAUGGAAUAUUAUAUUACCCAAUAAAUGGCGUUCCACCAUCGAUCUUUCUAAGAGAACAUGGGAGCUGAUGAAAAGCUGGAGAAAUUCAACCAAUAAUGGUGGGUUUAUUACUGCAAAUGUUGAAUUUCUGAACCUAGUAUAUAAGGUCUUAAGCAGCGACUAUAUCAAACUCAAGGAUUUGGAGUGGAUUUAUGAUAUAUUUCAGCACUCACUAGUGACACUUUAUUCAAAAAAUAGCUUGACGGUUGAUGAAAUUAAACUCUUGAAGAAGUUUCAAAUAUUCACUAUAAAAAAAAUGGUGUAUUUUGGGCAUUACUCAAAAUGUCUCCAAUUUAUAAAAGAAUGGUCAUAUGACGCAGCAAACAAGCAGCAAUUAACAAAUCUAUUUGUUGUUCUAAGAAAUAGAUACCUACAAAAGAGAGGAUAUAACCAAGAAAAGGAAAUGACUAAGGUUCAAAAGAAAUACGAUGAGGAGGAACAGGAAGAUAUGCUGUUGGGAGGACUUUGGUGA